GUAGGAAGCAGUGCUAGGGACGGUCUCAACUCGACAUAUUUGUUGUAGGGCGGAAGGAGAUGAUUAUCGACUUUUUACGUGACUUGAUAUUUAAGCAGCAAAAAAUGACUGACCGCGGCAGCAUACAGAUGGAGUUUGCGGUGCAAAUCCGUGGAGCGGGCUGUGUGGUCGAUAUAAACAAAACACUAUCCGACGCCGGUACCGUAACCAUCGACGCGGAUAAAGGUAGCGUGCUGAUAGAAACAUCCCUUCCAUGGCUCGACAUUCACAAGCGCAUUGAGGCAACGGGACGACGAGCGGUGCUGACAGGGUUCGGAGGACAAUCUGCGGUGGCGAUGGUAGAUCACGGCAACGAAUUGACCAACGUGCGGGGUGUGAUACGGUUCUGCACCCUGUCGAGUACGCCCGGUCAAAAGGGUGCCGUCGUGGACGGUACGAUCGAUGGGCUCUCGCACAGCGGCACCUUUCAGCUGAAUGUCCACGAAUGUGGUGACAUCUCUGCCGGCUGCAGCUCGGUAGGCGAUCUGUACGAUUCCAGCCCGAUCCGCUCGGAUGAGAAUGGGCGUGCGACGAUACGAUUCGUCAACGACCGGCUCGACGUGAACGAUCUGAUCGGCCGGUCCGUUGUGAUCACACAGCCAGCCGAGGCUGGUGCGCAAGAGGAGCGUCGGCUGAGCUGUGGCAUCAUUGCCCGAUCGGCGGGCAUUUUUCAAAAUUACAAAAAAAUCUGCGCCUGUGACGGGGUAACCAUCUGGGACGAACGGAACAAAUCGAUUGCGGCGGAUCGGGACCGGGAAGCGGCACCGACGGCUAGCCUGUAAACUUUAGAAGGGAAGUGAAGUUGUUACAAAUUCCAUGGAAAUAAUAUCUCUAUCGGGUAUUGGGCCUGCCCUUGACGACAUGCGGAAAAGGAAUACAAUUCCAAACCAGUGAGAUUGUCGCUGUGGCGCUUUUAAGUUAGGUGUACGGGAACGUGUGGGGAUUAGGUGUGUUGCUUAACCAAAAUAAAUAGCCGGCAUUUUUUGGAGGCUCAAAACA